GUGUGGAAAGGCGGGCCCAGGCCAACGGAGGAGAGGAAAGAUGGCGGCGGAGGUUGCCGCUGCUUCAGGAGCGCCAGAGGAAGCUGCGGGGCCGCAGCGGGCAACGACGGCGGCAGCCGAGCCAGGGCAUUCCUGAAGGGGGAAGCGGGAAAGCGCGCUAGGGCCGGCAUUGUGUGUGAAAGAGGGAUUAAGGGACGGGGCUCAUGUGCGGCGGAGGUCGCAGGCGUCCGCGUCCGUCGCCCGCAGCUCAAGCACCGACAAGAGACAUCCCAGCCGGCUCCGGCUUCUCUUGAGCAGGCUCUGAGACGCUCGAGCGAAGCUGAAAAGUAAAGCAGUGCCUCCAGCAGGCAAGGCUAAGAAGCCUAAGGGGGAGGCGGCGGCAGCAGCAGCAGCAGCAUGAAGUUCGCCGAGCACCUUUCCGCACACAUCACUCCGGAGUGGCGGAAGCAAUACAUCCAGUAUGAGGCUUUCAAAGAAAUGCUGUAUGCUGCUCAGGACCAGGCCCCUUCUAUAGAAGUCACAGAUGAAGAUACUGUAAAGAGAUAUUUUGCCAAGUUUGAAGAAAAGUUUUUCCAAACCUGUGAGAAGGAGCUUGCCAAAAUCAACACAUUUUAUUCAGAAAAAUUGGCAGAAGCUCAGCGCAGAUUUGCUACACUACAGAAUGAAUUGCAAUCAACUUUGGAUGCACAAAAGGAAACCAGUGGUCUUACUACCCUGCGGCAACGUAAAAAGCCAGUCUUCCAUCUGUCUCAUGAGGAACGUGUUCAGCAUAGGAACAUCAAAGACCUGAAACUGGCCUUCAGUGAGUUCUACCUCAGCCUCAUCCUACUGCAGAAUUAUCAGAAUCUAAAUUUCACAGGGUUCCGUAAGAUUUUGAAGAAACAUGAUAAGAUCCUGGAGACACCACGAGGUGCUGACUGGAGAGUGGCUCAUGUUGAAGUGGCUCCUUUCUAUACUUGCAAGAAAAUCACUCAGCUCAUCUCUGAAACAGAGACAGUGGUAACCAAUGAAUUGGAAGAUGGAGACCGACAGAAAGCCAUGAAACGAUUACGUGUCCCACCACUAGGGGCAGCACAGCCUGCACCAGCAUGGACUACUUUCAGGGUCGGGUUAUUCUGUGGAAUAUUCAUUGUGCUGAAUAUCACUCUCAUACUUUCAGGUGUGUUUAAAAUGGAAGGAUCAAAUGUGUGGCCACUGAUAAGAAUCUAUCGAGGGGGAUUUCUUCUGAUAGAAUUCCUUUUUCUCCUUGGCAUAAACACAUAUGGCUGGAGGCAAGCUGGAGUGAAUCAUGUUCUCAUCUUUGAGCUCAAUCCCCGCAGUAAUUUAUCCCAUCAGCAUCUUUUUGAGAUUGCUGGAUUCCUUGGAAUGCUCUGGUGUCUGAGUCUGCUGGCAUGCAUAUAUGGAGAUAGCACUGGAUUUCCUAUGCAGGCAAACCCACUUAUCUUGUAUGGAUUUAUGCUGCUGUUCCUUAUCAAUCCCACAAAAACCUUUUAUUACAAGUCUCGAUUUUGGCUGCUUAAACUCUUGUUUCGGGUAUUCACUGCCCCCUUCCAUAAGGUGGGUUUUGCAGAUUUUUGGCUCGCUGAUCAGCUUAAUAGUCUGGCUGUAAUACUUAUGGACCUUGAAUACAUGAUCUGUUUCUAUAGUUUUGAGCUCCAGUGGAAAGUUAAAGAUGCAUUGCUGGAAGAUCCAGGCGUUCAUAUUUGCAACACCUAUGCUUAUGGUGUGCGUGCAGUUGUUCAGUGCAUUCCUGCUUGGCUGAGAUUUGUCCAGUGCCUGCGCCGAUACCGUGAUACUAAACGGGCCUUUCCCCAUCUGGUUAAUGCUGGGAAAUACUCCACCACAUUUUUUAUGGUGACAUUUGCAGCCCUUUACAGCACCCACAAAGUUCAAAAACACAAUGACUACCAAGUAUUCUUCUAUUUGUGGAUUGUCUUCUACUUCAUUAGUUCCUGCUAUACUCUUAUCUGGGACUUGAAGAUGGACUGGGGUCUUUUUGACAAAAACGCCGGUGAAAAUACUUUCCUCCGGGAAGAGAUUGUAUACCCACAAAAAGCCUAUUACUACUGUGCCAUUGUAGAGGAUGUGAUUCUACGUUUUGCGUGGACUAUCCAGAUUUCUCUGACUACCAUGGAAAUUCACCCAUUUGCUGGUGAUAUCAUUGCUACUGUAUUUGCACCACUAGAAGUUUUCCGGCGGUUUGUGUGGAAUUUCUUCCGAUUAGAGAAUGAGCAUCUGAAUAACUGUGGUGAAUUCCGAGCUGUCCGGGAUAUUUCAGUGGCACCACUGAAUGCAGAUGAUCAGACCCUGCUUGAACAGAUGAUGGACCAGGAGGAUGGUGUCCGAAACCGCCAGAAAAAUAGAGUUUGGAAGCGUAGCCAGAGUGUGUCUUUGCACAGACCACGUCUUGCUUCACAGUCAAAGAUUCAUGACACCAAAGUAUUAAUAGAAGACACAGAUGAUGAAGCAAACACAUGAAAUGGCCACAGAGUCAAGUUCCACAUCCCUCAUGUUCUCUUGCUUUAUUACCUUCCCAACCCCAACUGCCACCCAGUCUAUCCUCUGGUAUAGUUCCAGCUAAAAACAGGAGAAAAAUCUGAACACAUUUUCUGAGCUCUUCCGGACCGGUUCCUAUGGACUCCAACAAGCUCACUGUGUUUUCCUUUCUUUUCUUCUGGUUUUAAUUUGAUUUCUUAUUUUUAAAAUAUAAAUCUAACUUUGUUUUGCCAAUCAGAGGGACAUUUAAGGAAGGAGCUGUCUUAAAGAUUGUUUACAAUCUCUUCAAGGACAUACAAUCUGGAUGAAGAAGCAUCAUUUGGACUCCCUAAUGGGACUUUACUGAGAAAUCAUUCGGUCUCUGCUCAGUCCAGUUUUGACUGGUUGAAACUGGACCGGCGUUUUUAACUCUGGCUCGCGCUCUGGUUUUUGGUGUUUUCUUUCAUAUCCAGCGCCAAGGCACUAGCUGCACUUGCCGGGAAAGUGCACUUAGAGCAGUACCUUCAUUCACGAAGCUACUUUUUAAUUUGGUGUAACUUUCUUAUAUUUUUUUUUUUGAAAUAUGAUGUAUUUGUUGCACAUAGUUUUCAUAUUAUUUAUGAUAGUUAACCUUAUGAGAAUGGUUUCUGAGUCCUGUGCAAUGAAGGUGGUAACUCUUUAAAAAAGAAAAAAAAAAGGCAAGUGGUUGGGGAGAAGGGGAUGUAGAUCCUGGAUCUCUCUUGCUGCAAGGUUAAGCCCUUUAAAAUACCUCUUUGAGAGAACUUGCACCAGCUUAACCUGAUUAUUUUUUUAUUUUUCUUAUUAUUGAUUGAUUGAUUUUAAGCCAAAGUCACUCUGUUGAGUUUUACUUGUUGCUGCUGGUCCCGUAGAAAUCUUGUCACCUUCCUUAGCUGGAUCUUCUUUAUACGUGUGCCUCCACAGAAAUAGUAACAUGAUCUUCAGAUUUCUGUUGGAAAAAAGAAUCUAGAGCUAAUCCGAUGUAGUCUGUCAGAUAUCCAUGCAAGAAAGCCUUAGUUUGUACAUUUAAGAAUGGUUUUCAUUUUAGUGAGCUGAGUCUCUAGGACAUUAUCCCAUUUUUAAAUAGGGAGUUCCUGUAUGUAUGGUUCAUUCACUUCAGCUAAAAAAAGAGAAAAACAAAACUGAUUGAGACAAAGGCCUGUCUUGUAGUGGAUAUAGGAUUACUCAUUUAGCAGUAUAUACUGGGUUCAGGCAGAUACUCAACAGCUUGUCAUUUAUGUCAUCCAGAGGCUGCGUUGUCUCUAAAUAUUGAGAAAGUUGGUAUUGCUACAGAAAGGGCUCUUUAAUUUUUUUCAAUAAAUAAAAUAUUUUGCCAUACUUUGGCAAAAACUUGUCUGACAAUCACUGUCCAAGAACAUCCUCAGGUUAACUUUUGUUUCAUUUUUUAAACCUACCUGCCCCAAGUCCUAGAUUUCCAGUGUGGUGCUAGGCCCAACUUUUACAAGCAUUAUGAGUGGCACUGCUAAUUGGACUUAUGGUAGAUGGUCAUACACUUUAGUAAAUUCUUUUU